UUUCACAAUUUCCAAAACUUUAUGCAAUUGAGUUUUUUUUUUUCUUUUCUUUUCUUCCAAUAGCCAUCUUCAAAUCCGAAAUCGAUUAUGUCACAUCCUACCAGAGAACAACUAUACACUUUUCAUGCCCAAGACAGAAAACUAUUCUCAAAACUUGUCCUAAAAUUCUCUAGAUCUCCAGCUGAGUCACUUCUUGUAAUGGCUACAUGGUUUUGGCUUGAAGAUUUUUUCUCCCAAAACAUCUUAUCAACCAUAUUGGCUUUAAGCGAUCCAGUCAUAGUGGCUCUAGCUAACGAGGCUGUUUCUUGCUUCCAGUGCCUCGAUUCCGAUGAGCAGCCAAAUGAUCUCAGCCAGAUCCCUCUCACCGCAGAACUCAUGUCAGUAGACAUAUCCCUUCAAAUCAUCUACAAAUACCGGUAUAGUGCUAUCACAGGAAUCAAAAACUUUUUAACAACUGUUUGUGCUAGAAUUUUUUCUGACAUCCUUCAGCGAGUUCUUCCAUCUUCUUCAUCGUAUUCUUUCAUCACCAGACUCCGCCACCCUCUUAUCAUCCCUGGUUUCCCCCAUCCAACGUUCGGAAGCAUCAACGUAAUGCCCGAUGGAGAAAAUGAUCUCUUCAACAACAACUUGUCUUUUUCUUCACAUGGUUUAUGGGGUUGGACCUCUAACUGCAUAGCGACUGAUAACGAAAGGACAAUGUUUAUAACAUUUUCUCGUGGGUUUCCAGUGUCGCAAGAAGAGGUGAAACGUUUUUUCACUAAAAACUAUGGAGAAAAUUGUGUUGAAGGCGUUUACAUGAAUGUGUACAAGGACAAGGACAACGACAAUUCUCGUAAUUAUGGUCAACAACAAUCACUGUAUGCGAAGUUGGUCUUGGAUUCGGUUGCUACUGUGGAUCUCAUACUCGACGGCGAGAAGAUACAAAGGUUUAAGUAUAAUGGAAAACAUAUUUGGGCUCGUAAAUUUAGCGAGAAUAGAGAUGGUUAACCUAAACCAAAUGGAAUAUGGAUUUUUCUUUUGCUUUGUUAUAUGAAUGACAUGGGCCGCAUGGUCGUUGUAAUCCUAUGACUUAAACAAACUUUAAAGUAAGAUUGUUAAAUGUUAUUAAUGUUUA